UUAAGGGGGUUCACUCCACACUACAAUUGACUAUAGUAUAUAGAUAGCUCUAAACCCUAGUCAAAACCUUGAGUGAGAAAUUGCGAUUCAAGCAAAAAUGAUGAAAAUUGUAUCCAAUUGGAUAUCAGCAGGGCGAUUAACGGUGUUAAGACGACUGUGUACGGCGGUGGAGGCAAAGGCGGAGUCGGAGGCGACGCCUGCUGUGCAGCAAGGAAACCAACGGCUUUACCAGAGGCUUUCGGCGUUGAGUGCGACUAAAGGGAAGGCGUCGGAGAUACUAAACGAGUACAUUAGAGAGGGUAUAGGAGUUGCCGUCGGGAAACAUCAUCUAGAAAGGUGUAUCAGGGAGCUGCGCAAAUAUGGAAAACAUCAAUGUGCCCUUGAGAUAAUGGAAUGGAUGGUGAGCAGGGGUGUUAACUUUGGGCCUAAAGAUCAUGCAAUUCAUUUGGAUCUUAUAGCAAAGGUUCAAGGAGUUUCUGCUGCUGAAAAUUAUUUUAAUGGCCUUUCACCUGAUGCAAAGGUUCAAAAAACGUAUGGAGCUCUGCUAAAUUGCUAUUGUGUUGAAAAGAUGGUGGACAAAGCAUUAGAAGUGUUUGAGAAAAUGGACAAGAUGAACUAUGCUAUUACGUCGUUGAGUUUUAACAAUCUUAUGUCAUUGUAUAUGAGACUCAAGCAACCGGAGAAGGUGCCUCCUUUGGCAGAGGAAAUGAAGAGAAGAAAUAUACCGCUAAGCACAUUUACUUACAAUAUUUUGAUGAAUAGCUAUACCUCUCUCGGUGAUAUAGAGGGAGUGGAGAGAGUUUUUGAGGAGAUAAAGAGUAAAAAUGAAAAAAUGUGUCAUUGGACAACAUACAGUCAUUUGGCCAUUGCAUACUCUAAGGCUGGGCUUAAUGAGAAGGCUGAGCUAGCUCUGAAAAAGCUGGAGGAAGUGAUUGGACCUCGCGAGCGUGACGGAUACCACUUUUUAAUCAGCUUGUAUGCUGGAAUCUCUAACCUAGGCGAGGUGCAUCGCGUUUGGAAUUCUAUGAAAUCUCAGUUUCAGGUGACACCCAAUUAUAGUUAUCUUAUCGUGCUUCAAGCUCUAAGUAAGCUGAAUGAUGUGGACGGGUUAAAGAAAGUCUUUACAGAAUGGGAACAAAGCUGCUCCAGUUUUGAUAUGAGACUGGCAAAUAGUGUCAUUGGCGCUUACUUAAGGCAUGACAUGAUCAGUGAAGCUGAAGCAAUAUUUCGUACUGCCAUGGAGAGAUCAAAAGGACCAUUCUUCUUGACAUGGGAAAUGCUUGCGGUUUCCUUUCUGAAGAAAAAGAAAAUUGAUCGAGCUUUGCAGUGCUUUGAAGCUGCUAUAUCCAGAGUCCAGGAGCAUGAAUGGUCUCCAAAACCCGCAACCAUAGAAGCAUUUCUCAAUUAUUUUGAAGAAGAGAGAGACGUCGAUGGUGCUGAAAAGUUCUACAGUGAUUUGAAGAAGCUGAGUUGUCUUAACGGCGAUGUGUACAAAUCAUUGAUGCAGACUUACACUGCUGCUGGCAGAAUAUCGCAUGAUAUGCGCCAGAGAAUGGAGGAAGAUGGAAUUGACAUGAGUGAUGAGCUUGAAAACUUACUAAAAAAGGUUUGCCUUGAAUGAUUUUAUGAGUAACCUAAUUUAACCCCAUGAUUUGCGAGACUGUCUCUCAUAAACAUGUAAUACUAUUUUAUAGUUAAAUGUAAUACUUUUUUUAAUGGAUUCAUUGAAAAAUUUUACAUUUUAGCUAA